CCGGGGCGGGCCCGGCCGGCCGAAGGCGGCGGCGGCGGUCGGAGAUGGUGAUCUGCUGCGCCGCCGUCAACUGCUCCAACCGGCAGGGCAAGGCGCGUUGCGGCGCCGUCUCCUUCCAUAGAUUCCCUCUGAAGGAUUCGAAGCGCUUGAUUCAGUGGCUGAAAGCUGUUCAGAGAGACAACUGGACUCCCACCAAGUAUUCCUUUCUUUGCAGUGAGCACUUCACCAAAGACAGUUUCUUCAAGCGGCUGGAAGACCGGCACCGGUCGCUGAAGCCCACUGCUGUCCCUACCAUCUUCCAGCUUGUGGAGAAGAAACACAACAAGCUGGAUUAUGUCAGGAGCCGAAGGAAAAUAGCCAGGAAGGUGCCGGUGCGGGAUGGGGAGGCCCUGCGGGAAGGAGGCGGUGAGGUAGCGCAGAAGGCCCCGUCUCCUGGCCAGGACCUGAUGGUGACGCAAGGGACGAAAGAGAUGGAGGAGGCCACUCUGCAAGAGGAAAUAGAAUCGGUGUCCAAGGAGGAAGAGGCCCUCCACAGCCAGCUGGAUGGCCCUCGGAGAAGGACGUUAGGGGAUCAUUUGGGUGCGAAGCCUGGAGCGCAGAAAAAGCCUGAGAGGUCUCCUGUGGAGGACUGUGCCAGGGGCAGCUGUGCGGGGAGCUGGGGGGCAGACAGGAGCGGCGUCUCGGUGGACGACUUCACCCCUCCUGGCUCUGGUGCUUGCAAGUUCAUCGGCUCCCUCCACUCGUACAGCUUUUCCUCCAAGCACGCCAGGGAGAGGCCAUCUCUCCCCAAAGAGCAGCUAGAAAGGAAAAGGCCAAAGAGAGACGUGGAACCCAGCUGCAGCAGCCACCUCUUGGGACAAGACAAGGCCGUCGCAGAAGUGUCCCCGACAUCAUCCCUCACCGCAACCCCCCAGAAACCCUCGCAGGGUCUGUCGGCCUCCCCGGCAGACCUGACCCCUCGGCCCGCCACCGAGGCCGUGCUGGGGCGGAAGGGGGACACGGACGCCAACCCCAUGUCCAUCAACGAGGUGAUCAUGUCGGCCUCGGGGGCCUGCAAGCUCAUCGACUCGCUGCACUCGUACUGCUUCUCCUCCCGGCAGAGCAAGAGCCAGGUGUGCUGCUUGCGCGAGCAGGUGGAGAAGAAGAACGGAGAGCUGAAACUUCUGCGGCAGAGGAUCAGCCGCUCUGACAGCCAAGUCAGGAAGCUGAAGGAGAAGCUGGAUGAGAUGCAGCGCAACAGUUUCCCUUACUUGAACAGCCUGAUAUCCCAGGACUGUGGUCAGUAUUCCCAGGGGUGCUGCACUCUGAGGUGGAAUUCCCUCUUUUUCUCAGGGCCGUUUAAGCUGGAGGCUGUAAAGUCGUGA